GUAAAUGUUAGCAACGUUUUAUUCUGCUUAACUAAUCCAUCUUGUAUUAUUAUGUGAGUUUUCUCUUCUCUAUGCUAAUAUUGUGUAUUCUUCAGUGAUAAAUUGUGCUUAAAACCUAUUGUAUAAAACAGCAGAAACUGUGGUAAUUACUACCAGCUUUUUUCGAACGUGAGUUCACUCUAUAGAGGUAAUUUAAUUUGAAAAUUAAACAUUGAGGAUGAAUAUACCAAUUAAACUCACUAACUGCGUUUUCAAAAAUGUACUGAAAGACUGUGCAUUGAUGUGUAUCCGGGGAGCCAGCCACACCAGACUGGUGGAAGUCGGUCGCCUGGUUGCUCCUAAAGUAACAGAGGAGUAUAAGACCGGGCAGAUGUUCCUCCACAAACUGUUCGGCUACCGUGGGGUCAUUCUGUUUCCCUGGAAGGCCGUAGUCUACAACCGCAACCGUCGCCGCAGGACCAGAGCAGACUCAGAACAACCUCAGCCUUCAGAGUCGACGAGGAAAGAAGCCAAGGGAGAGGAGCAAACGUUCUACACCGCCCUCGUCGACAACAGAGAUGUUCCUUUCAUCAGGUCGCAAUCAGAGGCCGUGACGUUCAUCGCACAAUACGGGAGCAGCAACAGUCUUUACGCGAUUCCAGGGUUCGACUACGUCGCUCACCACCACGUCUUACCCUACACCGCGACACAAGACGAGCCCUUGCAGCACGAGCUGUGGGACAAGUUCCUGGACUACGACCCCAACAAGGAGCCCCAGUUCAACGCCAAGAGCACGCUCAAAGUCUGGCAGAAGAGGAACCGCCCUUGGCUCCAGCUGUCGGACGUCUACAUGGAGACCACAGAGAACGUGCAGGUGACCGUGAUCCCGUUCUACAUGGGCUGCAGAGGGCACGAGACCUACUGGUGGCGAUACCGUGUCUGCCUGGAGAACCUCGGGGAGGACACGGUGCAGCUGAGGGAGCGACACUGGAGGAUAUUCAGCUUGUCCGGGGUGCUGGAGACGGUGAGGGGUCGCGGAGUGGUGGGCCAGGAGCCUGUACUGAGCAGGGAGUCACCGGCCUUCCAGUACAGCAGCCACGUGAGUCUGCAGGCCCCCAGCGGUCACAUGUGGGGCACCUUCAAGAUGGAGAGGAAGAAUGGACUCACUUUUGACUGCCGAGUACCACCGUUCGCUUUGGAGAGCGCACCGAUGCCGGACAUUAAAUUUUAGUUUCUAAAUUUUCUGUUGGAUAUCUUCAUAAUAAAUAUUGUUAAAUUAG